AUGGGCAGCCGCAUCGCGCCCCUCCUCCUCCUCCUGACGUCGUCCACCGCAUCAACAAAGCCCCACCUCAUCUUCCUCCUCGCCGACGACGAGGGCUGGAACAACGGCUUCUACAACGAGGACGUCCUCACGCCGCACACGGACGCGCUCGUCGCCGCCGGCGUCAAGCUCACGAACCACUACGUCUACAAGUUCUGCUCGCCGACGCGGUCGUCCUUCCUCAGCGGCCGCCUGCCCAUCCAUGUCAACCAGGAAAACAGCGCCACGGAGCAGGCCGGCGCCGGCGUGCCGCUGGGCAUGAGCACGAUCGGCGAGACGAUGCGCGCCGCGGGCUACCGGACGGCCCACGUCGGCAAGUGGCACUGCGGCAUGGCGACGCCGGCGCACACGCCCUACGGCCGGGGCUUCGACUCGUCCAUCGGCUUCUUCAACUUCGGCGAGGACCACUACACGCAGGUCCGCGGCGGCCAGGCGCUCGAGGAGGGCGGCGCCUCCGGACAGUGCUCGGGCGUCGACCUCUGGCGCGACGGCGCGCCCGCGAGAGGCGAGAACGGCACCUACGGCGGCUACACCUUCACGCGCGCCGCCGUCGCCGCCGUCGAGGCCAACGACACGAAGCCGCUCUUCCUCUUCGCGGCGUUCCAAAAUCUCCACCCGCCUCUGGAGGUGCCCCCGGAGUACGUCGCGCGCUACGCCAACGAGACCCUCCGGACGACGAUCAACGGCAUGGCCGCGUUCCUCGACGACAGCGUCGGCAACGUGACCAAGGCUCUCAAGAAGCAAAACAUGUACGACUCGUCGUUGAUCGUCUACACGCCGGACAACGGGGGGUACCUCACCCAGGGCGGCGACGACGCGCCGUUCCGGGGCGGCAAGUUCAGCGACUUCCAGGGCGGCGUGCGCGUCGCGGCGUUCAUCUCCGGGGGCCUCGUGCCCGCGGGCCUCCGGGGCACGGCGUCGGCCGCGCUCGUCCACGUCUGCGACUGGAUGGCCACGUUCGCGGCGCUCGGCGGCGGCGCCAUCCCCGCGGACGCCGUCGCGGGCCUGCCCGCGCCGGACUCGCUCGACGUCUGGCCCGCGCUCUCCCGGGGCCGGCCGAGCCCGCGGACGGAGGUGCCGCUGUCGAUCCUGCCCGCGGACGGCGCGGCGCGCGCGUUCGUCGACUUCGACGGCGUCGGCUACUUCGUCGGCGGCGAGGGGUUAAUAGUCGGCGACAUGAAGCUCCUGCUGGGCUACCAGCACAUCGGCCCCUUCGACAAGGUCACGAACGCGACGUGCGCCGGCGUCGCCGGACCGUGGGCCGCGGGCCGCCCGGGCGUGCCCUGCGACUGCGCGACGUCGGGCUGCCUCUACAACGUCACCGCGGACCCGACGGAGUCCGACGACCUCGCGGCGGCGCGGCCCGGCGCCGUCGCGGCCCUCCGGACGCGCCUCGAGGCGCUCCGGGCGACGGUCUACGCGCCGGACCGCGGCGCCAAGGACGACGCCGCGUGCGCCCAGAUCGCGACGAACGGCGGCUUCUGGGGCCCCUGGCGGUGA